GCUUCUAGCAAGCUCCCCGCAGCCCCGGGCUGCCGCCGCUGCCCCUAGCCCGGCGCUCCUGCACGCUCGGGGCAGCCUGGGGCGCGGGUGGCGAGUGCAGGGCGGGGAGCGGCGCGGAGGGGAGGGGAAGGGAAAGAAGAGGAGGGCAGAGGAGGAGAGAGCUGGGGAGCUGAGGAGCAGAGGCGGGCGCCGCACCGCCCCGCGCCCCGCACGCUCACUGGCUCCGGAGACGCGCGGGCGGGCUCCUGGGCGCACUGGCUGGGUCACCUUGUCCGGGAGGUGCCUGGGCUGGGCUCACUUGAAGGCUAAACCCAGAUGGGACUGUCACCUGGAGUGCGUACACCUAGCCUUUGUCUGGAGCUUCCUCACAGCAUGGCAGACUCAAGGAGAAAUGGGUCCCAUGAGGCAAGUGUGACCCUGGAGUGCAGCCUGCCAGCCUUACACCCAGUUGAGGAGGGAGAGCACCAUGGAUGGCAUAAUUGAACAGAAGAGUGUGCUGGUGCACAGUAAAAUCAGUGAUGCUGGCAAGAGGAAUGGCUUAAUUAACACCAGAAACUUCAUGGCUGAGAGCAGAGAUGGCCUGGUGUCUGUUUACCCAGCACCACAGUACCAGAGCUGCCGGGUGGUGGGCAGUGCAGCGCCAGCCACCCUGGACAGCAGCAGGAGUGAGCCAGUACAGCAGUUGCUGGAUCCCAACACCCUUCCGCAGUCUGUGGAGUCCCAUUUCCGUCCCAACAUCAUCCUCUACUCAGAGGGUGUGCUGCGCUCCUGGGGGGAUGGCGUGGCUGCCGACUGUUGUGAGACCACCUUCAUUGAGGACCGGUCGCCCACCAAAGAGAGCCUGGAGUACCCUGAUGGGAAGUUCAUUGACCUCUCACCUGACGACAUCAAAAUCCACACACUGUCCUACGACGUGGAGGAGGAGGAGGAAUUCCAGGAGCUGGAGAGUGACUACUCGAGUGACACAGAGAGUGAGGACAACUUCCUCAUGAUGCCCCCAAGGGACCACCUGGGCCUCAGCGUCUUCUCCAUGCUCUGCUGCUUCUGGCCUUUGGGCAUUGCAGCCUUCUACUUGUCCCACGAGACGAACAAAGCCGUGGCCAAGGGUGACUUCCACCAGGCCAGCACUAGCUCCCGGCGGGCCCUGUUCCUGGCUGUGCUAUCCAUUACGAUUGGAACUGGUAUCUACGUGGGCGUGGCUGUGGCCCUCAUCGCCUACCUCUCCAAGAACAACCACCUAUGAGCUUCCUCCAGGCACAUAGAAGAACCUGUGGCCAGUUGUGUGCAGAUGCACAGAAGGCAGGGCUGGCAAGGGGAGGACACACAGACACACCUGUGUGAUGCUGUACACUAUAAAUUAUUGCCAAACGACUCCAUAAAGCCCUGGGAUUUUCUACCCAUGGGUUUCUUUUGUUCUUACCCUUUAAUUUCAUUUUCACAGCACUGUGUAGAGCACGAGGCACAUGGGCACUGCUGACCCUUCCAAAGGGAAGCUCCAAAGAUCCUGACCCUCAAGGCCGUCUCUGGAUGGAUUCUGGUGGAUUCAUGACAGUGCAGCUCUCUCUGCAGCCUGCCAGUGCCUGGAAUGCCAUAGCAUUAGCAAUACACAAACAAUUCAAAUGUGUUUAUUUUUUAUGGAAUAUGGUGCAAUAGGCAGAGGGCAGAGGACUCUACACUUCUGUCUGUGGCCCUGCUUCACUCCUCCAUCAUUUUCCCUGUCCACGAUCCUUCCCUGCAGGAAGAAAAUGGGACUGGCAGGAAGAGAGGCAGAACUGCUGGCAGUCCUCCCAGCUGCCACUGGUCUUCAGAUGGGUCCAGCCCUAAAAAUGCAAGUCCAGAAUCACAUGGGGUCUGUCUCCAGGCCCAGUGGACACUCCCUCCAUGCUGCCCCCAGCCUGGGAACAUUGGGCCUCCUUUGGAAUAUGUCCAAAUUCAGCAGCCACCACGCAGCAAUAUGCAGUCUUCGGGCCUCGUUGAUCUAGGGUGGGGGGGCAGGCCACAGUCCCUCCCGAGACCCCUCCCAGAAAGACCCUGAAGUUUGCUCCAGGAACUGUAGGCAAAGGAGCUGUGGACACCAUCUCAGCAUAAAGAUGCCUGUGUUGACACUCACCCUGGUGAUGAGCAGUGACACCAGUGAUCUUUAAAAGGAAAUGAACCUUCCCUGUCGACUAAAUGAAUAGCUAUUUUCUUGUCAUUUUUUUAAGUGCAACUACUGCUUCAUGCUGCUUAAGUUAUCCAAUGAAUGCUGAGAAAUAAGUAAUCAGACAUUUUAAUACCAUUUCACUGCUGUUUUACGAGUGUUCAUUAUUUAACAAAAAUUAUCUUUUA